CCUCCAGUGCCAACCCAUGCCAUGGAUGCGGAUGCUCUACAGAAACUUAUUCAUUUGCUCCAGGUCACAGAUGAUCCAUUAAUUCAAGAGCAAGCUUUAAUCACUCUCAGCAACAGUGCUGCCUUCUCUGUAAAUCAAGAUAUAAUCCGAAAUUUGGAUGGCCUUUCUGUUAUUGGAGGGCUGCUCUCAGAUUGCGUUCCCAAAGUUAAAGAAAAAGCACUAAAUGCACUUAAUAAUUUGAGUAUGAAUAUUAAAAAUCAGGAAGAGAUACAGGUAUAUAUUACACAAGUUUGUAGGAACAUUGAGUCAGCUCCCCUGAAUUCUGAUCUGCAGCUAGCUGGACUCAGAUUGUUGACAAAUAUGUCUGUUACCAAUGACUAUCACCAUAAGAUGAUAAACUCAAUUCCAUGCUUUCUUCACUUGCUUUCAGAAGGAAAUGAAAGGACACAGGUUCAGGUUUUGAAAGUACUUGUGAACUUAUCUGCAAACCCAGGCAUGACAAGACAUCUUCUCAGAGCUCAAGUGCCAUCACUGCUGUUACUUUUUGACAACUGUAUAAACAGAGAUGUUCUGCUUAGAGCCCUGGCAUUUGCAGCAAACUUGAAAAGGAAUGCGAACAAUGAAGAUAGCACCAUGAUUCAGGACCAAUGCGGUGAAGAUUCAGUUUUCUUCACAUUCUGCAGGGACUCUACCCCAUUUGCUCAGAAACUGGCAUCUUUGUUGCAUCACCCCGAUACAGAAGUGAAAGAGCAAGUUGUGAGAAUAUUAAUGCAAUAG